AUGGCUGUGGCCAGUGGUGACUUGCUGACAGAGAAAGCUUCGGCGAUGAGAGCGUCUCUGGAGAGAAGCCAGACCAUCACGGACGACGUCGUUUCGAUUCUGGGCUCCUUCGAUCACCGCCUCUCCGCCCUGGAAGCCGCCAUGCGCCCUACCCAGAUCAGAACAAAUUCUAUUCGGAAAGCUCACGAGAAUAUUGAUAGGACUUUGAAGACUGCCGAGGCCAUAUUGGCUCACUUUGAUCAAUAUUACCAGGCAGAGGCAAAAAUAAUCAAAGGACCACAUGAAGAUGUGAAGAGCUAUCUUGAAGCAAUUGAUCAACUGAGACGAAACAUUAGAUUUUUUGGCAAUAAAAAGGGUUUUAAGAAUGAUGAUGGUAUUGCCAUCCGUGCCAAUAAUUUGAUAACAGAAGCUAUUUCUAAGCUAGAAGAAGAGUUUGAGCGGCUAUUAUCAUCUUACAGUAAACCUGUGGAACCUGAACGCCUCUUUGGCUCUCUUCCAAACACAAUGCGACCUUCAUCAGCAUCACCAGGUCGAGAUGAUGAUUCCGGUAGCAAGAAUCAUUCUUCUUAUAUCCAUUCUGAGCCACAUAAAAAUAAUGCUGAUGCUGUUGUAUACACACCUCCUGUUCUUAUACCACCAAGAAUAUUGCCGUUGCUCAAUAAUUUAACUGAGCAAAUGGUUCAAGCUGGUCACCAACAACAGUUGCUCAAAAUAUACAGAUAUAGACAUGGGCGGCUAGAUACAUUACAUGUUUCGAUCUACAUUCUUUUAGGCAAUGUCCAGGUUGGGAAGCUUCAUAUUCCUUUCAAGUAUGAUCUGUGCAUCUUUGUGAGCUUUGUUUCUUUCUAUGUGUGGUUUACUAAAGGGGGGAAGCUGGUUUUGUACCAUUUUGCUGCAAUUCAGAGAAGGCCUGUGGAUGUUAUAAAAGAUACCCGUUCUAAAGUAUUGGAAGAAAGUCUACAAAAGCUUGGAGUUGAGAAACUCAGCAAAGAUGAUGUUCAAAAGUUACAAUGGGAGGUUUUGGAAGCCAAAAUUGGAAAUUGGAUUCAUUUCAUGCGUAUUGCUGUCAAAUUGUUGUUUGCUGCUGAACGGAAAGUCUGUGAUCAGAUAUUUGAAGGAUUUGACUCGCUUAGUGAUCAGUGUUUUGCUGAAGUUACUACAAACAGUAUUUCCAUGCUACUUAGUUUUGGAGAAGCUAUUGCCAAAAGCAAGAGAUCCCCUGAAAAGUUAUUUGUACUUUUGGACAUUUUGGGCUGUUCGAGGCUGCCACAGAAAACACCAGAGUUCACUGGAGGAGCCAAGCAAAUGCCUUGGGCUGGUGCAGGCUACUUUUCGGAGUUUCAGGGGCCAUCUAGACUUGAUGAUGGUCUGGUUCUCAGUUCAAUUGCCAAAGCAGCUAACCUAAGUUGGACCCAUUGUGGCCGGCCACCAACCUUGGCUACUAUUGACCACCUUGGGACAUCACAUUCUCCACCUGGAACGUGCCACCAAUCACGACCCAGAUCUAUGAUGCCCACACCCUACAAAAGGAUGACUACUGUGACCCCUACAUUUGCAAAGCCCACCUCCUGCAAUGCUCACAACUGA